CAUUCGCUGCUUCUUUUCGCGCCGGGUAACCGGAGAGCCGUGCGUCCAUGUGCGCAGUGACUGGGAAUUGAGAGUCAUCUGAAAUAUUAAAAUCCGAGCCGUAAACAGAGUUUUUGUAAUGGAUCUUGAGUGUUUAAUCGAGGCCCUACGGGGGACGAUGGACCCCGCUCUGCGCGAGGAAGCAGAGCGACAGCUGAACGAGGGUCACAGCCAUGUAAACUUUGUGUCGGCUCUGCUGCGCGUCACCAUGUCUGAUCCUGUGGAUUUCUCCAUCAGGCAAGCAGGUGUGAUUUACCUUAAGAACAUGAUAACCCAGCACUGGAGUGAUGGAGAGACUUCAGGCACAGAGACGCCUGUCAAUAACAUCCCAGAGGAGGACAGGCAGUUCAUUCGAGACAACAUAGUGGAGGCCAUCAUCCACUCCCCUGAGCGCAUCAGGGUGCAGCUGACAACAUGCAUCCACCACAUGAUAAAGCAGGACUACCCCGGCAAGUGGACGGCCAUUGUGGAUAAAAUCCGUUACUACUUGCAGUCAGACAACAGUGCAGGAUGGCUUGGCAUCCUGCUCUGUCUUUACCAGCUUGUCAAAAACUAUGAGUACAAGAAACCAGAAGAGCGUCAGCCUUUGGUGGCUGCCAUGCACAUCUUCAUGCCCAUGCUGAAAGAACGUUUCAUCCAGCUGUUCCCAGACCCCUCUGCUGAGUCAGUUCUCGUACAGAAACAGAUCUUUAAAAUCCUCUACGCCCUUUUCCAGUACAACCUUCCCCUGGAACUCCUCAACAGACAGACCCUGACAGAAUGGAUGGAGAUCUUGAAGACUGUUGUGGACAGAGAUGUGCCUCCGGACACAAUGCAGAUAGAUGAAGACGAGAGGCCUGAGCUGCCGUGGUGGAAAUGCAAGAAGUGGGCUCUUCACAUCCUGGCACGUCUGUUUGAGAGGUAUGGAAGCCCAGGCAACACAACCAAAGAGUAUGCAGAGUUUGCUGAACUUUUCCUCAAGGAAUAUGCAGUGUCUGCGCAGCAGGUGCUGCUGAAAGUCUUGUAUCAGUACAAGGAAAAGCAAUAUGUGGCCCCCAGAGUACUCCAACAGACACUCAACUACAUCAACCAGGGCAUAGCUCACGCUCUAACAUGGAAACACCUGAAGCCCCACAUCCAGGGCAUCAUUCAGGAUGUAGUGUUCCCCCUCAUGUGUUACACAGACAGUGAUGAAGAGCUAUGGCAGGAGGAUCCCUAUGAGUACAUUCGUAUGAAGUUUGACGUGUUCGAGGACUUCAUCUCGCCAACAACAGCAGCUCAGACCCUGCUCUUUACUGCCUGCAACAAGAGGAAAGAGGUGCUGCAAAAGACCAUGGGCUUCUGCUACCAGAUCCUUACUGAUCCCCUCUGUGACCCCAGGAAAAAGGAUGGCGCCCUCCACAUGAUAGGCUCAUUGGCUGAAAUCCUGUUAAAGAAAAAAAUCUACAAGGACCAGAUGGAGUUCAUGCUGCAGAAUCACGUCUUCCCCCUUUUCCGCAGUGAACUGGGCUACAUGAGGGCCAGGGCCUGCUGGGUGCUUCAUUACUUCUGCGAGGUGAAGUUCAAAAGUGACCAGAACCUGCAGAACGCUCUGGAAUUAACCCGCCACUGUCUCAUCAAUGACAACGAGAUGCCAGUCAAGGUGGAGGCGGCUAUUGCUCUACAAGUUCUCAUCAGCAACCAAGAGAAAGCCAAAGAAUACAUCACCCCCUUCAUCCGGCCAGUGAUGCAGGCCCUUCUGCACAUUGUCAGGGAGACAGAGAAUGAUGACCUCACCAAUGUCAUACAGAAGAUGAUCUGUGAAUACAGUGAGGAGGUCACUCCAAUUGCAGUAGAGAUGACACAGCACUUGGCAAUGACGUUCAACCAGGUGAUUCAGACGGGGCCUGAUGAGGAGGGAGGCGAUGACAAGGCUGUGACGGCUAUGGGUAUCCUCAACACCAUUGACACAUUGCUAAGCGUGGUGGAGGACCACAAAGAGAUCACCCAGCAGCUAGAGGGCAUCUGUCUACAGGUGAUUGGCACUGUGCUGCAGCAGCAUGUACUGGAGUUUUAUGAAGAGAUCCUGUCCUUGGCUCACAGCCUGACCUGCCAGCAGGUGUCGCCACAAAUGUGGCAGCUCCUUCCACUGGUGUAUGAAGUCUUCCAGCAGGAUGGAUUUGACUACUUCACAGAUAUGAUGCCUCUUCUUCACAACUAUGUCACAGUUGACACAGAUACCCUCCUGUCUGACACCAAAUACUUGGAAAUGAUGUACAGCAUGUGCAAAAAGGUCCUCACGGGUGAUCCAGGUGAAGACCCAGAGUGCCACGCAGCCAAGCUUCUAGAGGUGAUCAUUUUGCAGUGCAAAGGUCGUGGUAUUGAUCAGGUUGUUCCAUUGUUUGUGGCUGCUGCACUGGAGCGUUUGACGCGGGAGGUGAAGACCAGCGAGCUGAGAACUAUGUGCCUGCAGGUCGCCAUCGCUGGCCUGUACUACAGCCCCCCUCUGCUCCUUAACACUUUGGAGAAUGUCCGCUUCCCCAACAACACUGAGCCAAUCACAAAUCACUUCAUAACCCAGUGGCUUAAAGAUGUUGACUGCUUCCUGGGGCUCCACGACAGGAAGAUGUGCAUUCUUGGACUUUGUGCUCUCAUAGAUCUUGACCACAGGCCUCAGGCUGUCAAUCAGGUGGGGACCCAGCUUCUUCCAGCAGCCAUUCUACUGUUCAAUGGCCUCAAGAGGGCAUAUGCCUGUCGAGCCGAGCACGAGAAUGAUGACGAAGACGACGAUGAAGAUGGGGAGGAUGAGGAAGACAACGCUGAGCUGGGCAGUGACGAGGAUGACAUUGAUGAUGAAGGCCAGGAGUAUUUGGAGAUGCUGGCAAAGCAGGCAGGGGAGGACGGCGAUGAUGAAGACUGGGAGGAGGACGAUGCUGAGGAGACGGCGCUCGAGAGCUACACUACACUUAUAGAUGAUGAAGACAAUCUGGUGGACGAGUACCAGAUUUUCAAAGCCAUACUACAGAACAUCCAGAACCGUGACCCAGCGUGGUAUCAGGCAUUAACACAAGCCCUUGAUGAGGAACAGCGUAAACAUCUUCUGGACAUUGGCACACUUGCAGACCAGAGACGGGCAGCACAUGAAUCCAAAAUGAUUGAGAAGCACGGCGGCUACAAGUUCACAGCGCCAGUGGUGCCAUCUACUUUCAACUUUGGAGGCACUGCUCCAGGAAUGAAUUGAGUCAUCCGUUGUACUUUUUAUUACUAUGUGACUGAUUGUAGUGAAGUGAAAAAAAAAGCUUGUGUUGUUCCCUUAAGUAGUGGUUCCAGAACUGGUUCUUCUCAGUCAUUCUUCAAUCUGUCAAAUGGGAAAUAGAAGAUGUGGGAAAGCAACCAAAUGCAACCAAUGGCUGGGGAAAACAAACCAAGAACUUGAGCACGAUGCAAGAGAAGGAGUAAGAAGCUCUCAACAAUGUUGUCUCCUGGAGCCCAGUGUGGAGGGGAUACCAAGACGGCAACUCUUUUGUUUUUGUUUCCCACUUCAACAAAAUUAGUGGUUCGGCAGUUUUGAAUUGAUAAUGAGAAUAAAUGAUUCAUUAUCGCUGUCGAAGCCAAAUGGCUGGAAUAAGAUUAUACCUCUGGUAGUGGUGAUGUAUACAAUGUUUUCUUCAUAAGCAGUCAUGUUUAUGUACAUACAAGCCAAGGUUAAUGAAUUUUCAAGUAGCCUUGAAAACCAACCGGAGGCAUUAAGGUGUCUACAGCUGUAUUCAUAUGUAGCAUAUUGGAUACUUCAUAGCACUAUGUGAUGCCUGAUCUCUGUAAAUUAAUGACUAGCACUUUCAUAUUGUUCAGGUCUCCUAGCCUUCUGUAUCACACUGCAAAUUUUUUAAAUUGAAGAAUAUUUAAAGUGAAAACCGCUGUAACUUUGUUACUUUGCAAGCAACGUCUGCAAUGACUGGUUGUCACGCAUCUGGUUAUGAGGUGGUCCGGUGGGCAACUUGAAAACGAUGAAUUCAGGAAAAAAAAGAGUGCUGUCGGUGUUUAAUACGGCUACAGGACAUGUGUUUGUGAGCACUGAAAGUACAAUUGGUUACAUCAUUGAAGCAUGUACAAUUGAACUUGUGAAGGUCUCAAGCUUUUGGUUGGUGUAUGGAUGAACCAUCUAUAUAUACAACAACAUAUUAAAAAAAAGCUAAGGGAA